UCCAGUUUCCAGUCUCUACAAAACUCACAGAUACCUUUCCCCUCCUAUGACCUUGGAAGAACAUUUUCCGUGGAAAUUCAAUUCAUAAUUUUCCUCACACUGACAGGAUGUGACAGAGACUUCCUCGUUUUGUUCUAUCUAUCUUGGUGUUUUAUAGCAAAGGGCAGAGCAAGCACUGCUUGUCUUAAGGUGGAAGAAGAAUUGAGAUCACCAGGACUCAUCUGCCAUUUUGGACCCUUUGCUGCUGCCUUCCAGAGCCUCCCUGAGGAGUACCAAGCAUGUACCCCACCAGCAAAGCUUCACUUUUGCCUGACACCCACUUCCUGGCCAUCCUUCCCCUCACUGGUACCUCCAUCUUCCUCAAAUAGGCAAUGUGUCCGGUCUCUCUCUGUUCCCCAGUAAACCCUUCUCAUCAGAAAAAGAAUCUGAAAUCCAUUUAUACUGUGGUGUGAACAGCUGAAAUCAGAAAAUGUUUUGGGGGGAUCAGAGUCUUUCGACUGCAGAGGGAUGUUAGAGAAGAUGAACUGCAGGAAGAAAGUGGGGAGAAGGAUGCCCUUUAGAACAGAAGGGGCAUUCGACCCCUCUGAAGUCACUUCAGGAAAUUGCCAGACUGUUUCCCUCCAAUUAAGGCUUUCAAGGCAGGUCCUUGAGUGCUGGAAGCAAAGAGACUCCAGGGCAUUACCUCCUGCUGGAGAACAUGCUGUUGACAAGGUCUGAGGGGACACUCUGGUUUUAAGCUCUUUUAUCAGAAGUGGAUUUUUUCUAUUUUUAUUCAUUUGUUGCUUGGUUGGUCCUGUGGCUGACAUCUGGUGACUCAAGCCACUUCUUCAGUGCAUAUGAGAUGCUGUCAGGGCAAGCACUGCAGUCUUUGACCAGAUGGUCCCUAACAGGGGUCAGUGUUUGGAGGACAGGAGAACUGAGUGUACAUCCAGCCUUGGCAUACAACAUCACUGGUGAGGAAUCUGUAGAGAAGUACAGAGCUUGAGAGGAACUCUCACUCCACCACCUUCUAGCUGUGUGUGCAGGUCAAGUCACUUGGCCUCCCUGUGCCUCAGUUUCCUUGUUUGCAAUUUGGACUUAUCAUCAUAGUAAUAAUCUUUCUGAUAUAGGUAAGUGCUUGGUAAAUAGUAAGCACUCAAUUCAUAUUAGUUUUUAUUACUGUGGAUACCCGUAUGUGAGAGUGAACUUCCUCUGCAGACUCAGUGACUGAAAUCACACGAAUGUAUCACAAUAGAGAACUACCAUCCUGAGAGUCAUUCCAGCAUCUGGAACAUAUUGACUUGCAGGUGGCCACCUCCCCCUGCCUGGGAAUAUUGGAGCACAUUCUCCUGCUGUGAGGAGCCACUACCCCCAGCUGUGGGCCUGUAUAAUGCCCCACUGCUGCCUCAGGAACACUCAAGUUACCACUUAACGCAUCUUGAUUAAUUUCUCAGAGUCCAGCUGAUCCAAAUGGAUCCAUAAACAGUAUCUGAGCCCCUCUUAUUUUGGAAGGUGUUAACUGGUGCUGAUACCCUCCUGGCUUCACCCCCAUGGGAUUCUCUGUCAAGAGUCCAGAGGAAAAGAGGAAAGGGAGCAGAAGAAUAGAGAGAAAACACAAAGCCAGUGAGGGGUUCCUGAUCUAGGGUCCUUUGCUUCCAUUUUCUGGGCCUGUCACAGACACUUUCCUGCCAUUAGCCAAAAGGGCUAGAGACCAGACUGUCCAGCCAGAGCCUGGACACUGGUCAAAGAGGCCUCUGUUCUAAUGGUUACUGUGUGAAUAGUGAUUCCAAUAGCUGUUGGCUAUUAAAACAGCCAGGUCCCCUGUGAAAGGGACUCUGAUCUGAGCAUGAAUGGAGCCACCCCAACUCGCUCCUCUGUUGGCUUACCUGCAUGUGAGCUCCAGGUGGGCAGGGUACGUAGUUUAUGACAAACUUGACCCACAGGCCACCGCCCCUCCCUCCCACUGGUCCUGUCAGCCAAGGUCCUUCCAGUACAGGUCACUCAGGGAGCCUCUCCUCCAUAAAUUCAUCCACAUACCUCCUCAGACUGCUCUUCUGUGGACACCAGCAACUUUUAAGGUGGCCCUUACUGCUGAGGAAAAAUGGUGGAUUUUCCAGUCUCCCAGGACUCUCUGCCCAGCAGUCUCUUCUUCCUCACUCACCUUCUCCUUCUCCUUCAGUCUGGGGAGCUGUACUCAGAGGUUAGUGUGGUAGGCCCUGGGGACUCCAUCCUGGCUCACAUUGGGGAUGAGGUGGAAUUUCUGUGCCACCUGUCAUCCUACCGGGAUGCUGAGGACAUGGAGAUCCGUUGGUUCCGGAGCCAAGCCUCGGAUGUGGUGCACCUAUACCAGGAGGGGCAGGAACUCUACGAUCAGCAGAUGAAACAGUUCCAGAACAGGACUGAACUGGUGAAGGAUGAUAUCACUGAUGGCAGCGUGACCCUGCAUCUCUACAGCGUCAUCCCUGCUGAUGAGGGUCCUUAUGGAUGCCGCUUCCUCUCCAGUGACUUCUCUGGGGAAGCAACCUGGGAGCUGGAGGUAGUAGGGCUGGGCUCAGACCCUCACAUCUCCCUUGAGGGCUUCAAAGAGGGAGGCAUUCAGCUAAGGUGCAGCUCCAGUGGCUGGUACCCCAUGCCGCUGGCUCAGUGGAGAGACCAUCAUGGACGAUGCUUGCCUCCAGAGACUGAAGACAUCAUCCAGGAUGCCCAAAGCCUAUUCAGUUUGGAAACAUCUGUGGUCAUCCAAGGGGGCACCCAGAGCAAUGUGACUUGCUCCAUCCAGAACCCCCUUCUGGGCCAGAAGAAAGAGUUUGCGGUCCAGAUAGCAGAUGUAUUUUUACCCAGAACCUCUCCCUGGAAGAGAGCUUUCCUCGGGACUCUGGUGGGACUGCUGCUCCUCCUGGCUCUUCUCUUGAAACUGGUGCUGUACAUAUUUCAGAAGCAACGGAGAUCCCAAGAAAAAUUGAAGAAGCAGGCAGAGAAGGACAAAGGGAAACUCAGAGCAGAGCUGGGGAAGCUUCAAGUGGAGCUAGACUGGAGAAGAGCUGAAGGCCAGGCUGAGUGGAGAGCAGCCCAACAAUAUGCAGUGGAGGUGACCCUGGAUCCUGGGUCUGCCCACCCCAGCCUGGAGGUCUCAGAAGAUGGCAAGCGCGUGUCCUCCCGCAGGAUGGCACCAGGCUUGGCAGCUGGCCACCAUCAGCAGUUCCUGGAGCAGACAUGCGUUCUGAGCCAGCAGCGCUUCUCUGCUGGCCGCCACUACUGGGAGGUGCAUGUGGGCCACCGCAGCCGUUGGUUCCUAGGUGUGUGCCUGGCCAAAGUGCAGUGCUCAGGUCCUGUGCUCUUGAGCCCUGCCAAUGGCUACUGGGUGAUGGGGCUGUGGAAUGGUUGCGAGUACUUUGUUCUGGAUCCACACCGCGUGGCACUCACCAUGCACGUGCCACCCCGGUGCGUGGGCAUCUUUCUGGACUGUGAUGCAGGAAAGCUUUCCUUCUUCAACGUGACCGAUGGCUCCCACAUCUUCACCUUCACUGAUACCUUCAGCGAGACACUCUGUGCAUAUUUUAGGCCUAGAGCCCAUGAUGGCAGCAAACACCCAGAUCCACUCACCAUCUGCCCAUUGCCAGUUAGAGAGUCCAGUGACAACUGGUUACAAUCCUAAGGGCCCGCACAUUCUUCCCUGUGCCUAUGGUGAGGCACUCUCAUGGCUAUAGGCCUGGGUCCUGAGAAGCUUCCUGCAUAACAGCCAAUGCUUUGCUCUUCCGCUUCCUCUAGAGCAGAAAAAAAUACACCAACCCCAGUGUUCCCUGACAAAAUGUCAGCAAAGGCUGUAAAAGGCUUGGUGAAGCAGAAAAGGGGCAAAGAGAUAUAUUUCCCUAUGUAGACAUGUAUGUGUACUUAUAUGGAUAUGAUUUUCUUUUCUUUUUUUUUUAAGAAAUUCUAAACCUCAUUUGUGUGUGUUGUAGGAUUGAGCAAAUGAAUAAAAAUAUAUUCAUGUUGUUACUGAAA